AUGUCUAAUUUGGAUAAAGGUGAAUUAUUUUAUCAGCCAUUUGGUGGUGAUAAUGAAAGAAAUGAGGUUUCUCGGACUUCUGUAGGUGAAUACAAAGAAGCUUUGGUAAAAUUUAAAAAAUUUCUAAGAGAAUUUACUGUUGGAGGCAUGGAUAUGAUUUAUAGAGAAGCUUUGAAAAAUAAUUGUGUUAAUGGCAUGUUUUUUAUUGAAGUUGACAUGGCUGAUCUUAGAAGAUUUGAUGAAAUAACUGCUGAACAAUUGCAAACUUUUCCGAAUCGUUUGAUACCAGCAUUUGAAGAGGCUGCUAAUGAAUUAGCACAGGAACUUAUUGGAGGUGAUAAGGAAAAAGAAGACAUCAGUGUUAUGGAACAUGUGAAUGUUUUACUAAAACUUGAUGAUGAAGCUAAAACUAUUAGAUCACUUCAAAGUCAACAAGUUUCACAAUUAGUUAAGAUAAAGGGAAUCAUUAUUUCCGCUUCACAAGUUAGAUCACGCGCUGUUAAAGUUACUUUACAAUGUAGGACAUGUCUUCAUGUUACUAAUGUGGUUCGUGUUAAUCCAGGAUUGGAAGGUUUUCAAUUACCACGUAAUUGUAUGGCUGGAAAUACUAACAAUGGUAUAAAAUGUCCACUUGAUCCAUAUGUAAUUCUCCCUGACAAGUGUGAAUGCAUGGAUUUUCAAACAUUAAAAUUACAGGAAAAUCCGGAAGAUGUUCCUCAUGGAGAAAUGCCAAGGCACAUGCAGGUUUAUGUAGAUAGAUAUUUAACAGAUCAAAUGACUCCUGGAAAUCGUGUUACAUUGACUGGUAUAUAUUCUAUCAGAAAGAUGUUUUCAAAAGGUUCUGUUAAGGAAAAUGAUAGGACAAUGUCUGGUAUUAGAAUUCCUUAUUUACGUUGUUUAGGGUUGGAUGUGCAGAUAAGUGGACCCGGUCGUUCUGAAAAGAUACAUUUCGUUUUGGAUGAAGAAAAGGAAUUUAGAAAUUUAGCUUCACAACCAGAUAUUUAUGAAAGAAUUGUUAAGUCUAUUGCCCCUUCUAUUUAUGGAUCCGAAGAUAUUAAAAAAGCUAUAGCUUGUUUGUUAUUUGGUGGUUCUAGGAAGCGCCUUCCAGAUGGUUUGACUAGACGUGGUGAUGUAAAUGUUCUACUAUUAGGAGACCCUGGUACAGCAAAAUCUCAGUUACUUAAGUUUGUUGAGAAAGUGGCACCUAUUGCUGUUUAUACUUCAGGAAAAGGUUCAAGUGCUGCAGGUCUUACAGCUUCAGUCAUUCGUGAUCCAGCUUCUCGUUCUUUUAUAAUGGAAGGUGGUGCUAUGGUUCUUGCAGAUGGUGGUGUUGUAUGUAUAGAUGAGUUUGAUAAAAUGCGAGAAGAUGACCGAGUAGCCAUUCAUGAAGCUAUGGAACAACAAACAAUUUCGAUUGCAAAAGCUGGUAUAACAACUACAUUAAAUUCAAGAUGUUCUGUUUUGGCUGCUGCUAACUCUGUUUAUGGUAGAUGGGAUGAUACUAAAGGUGAUUCUAAUAUUGAUUUCAUGCCUACUAUUUUAUCACGUUUUGACAUGAUUUUUGUUGUCAAAGAUAUUCAUGAUUCUAAAAGAGAUUCUACUCUUGCCAAGCAUGUCAUCGAAGUACAUGUAAAUGCUAACCACAAGGAUGUUAAACCUCAAGAGGGUGAGUUGUCAUUGGAAUUUCUAAGGAAAUAUAUUGCUUAUGCUAGAGCUACGUGUGCUCCAAGGCUUACAGAUUCUGCCAAAGAAAAACUUGUUAACCACUAUAUUACUCUCAGAAAUCCUUUAAAUGAAAACGAAAAAAUUACAAAAUCUGCUAUUCCUAUAACAGUCCGUCAACUCGAAGCUGUCAUACGUAUGAGUGAAGCUUUGGCAAAGAUGGAAUUAAAGCCUUUUGUUGAAGAAAAACAUGUCGAUGAGGCACUAAGACUUUUCCGGGUAUCUACUAUUGAAGCAGCGUCAAGUGGCAAUCUUGUUGGUGUUGAAGGUUUUACUUCACCUCAUGAACAAGAGAUGUUUAAUCGUGUUGAAACACAAUUAAAAAGAAGAUUUGCUGUUGGAACUGCUGUCUCGGAGAACAUGGUUAUACAAGACUUUGUAAGACAAAAUUAUGAAGAAGAUAUGGUUAAGCGUGUUAUAUUAGCUUGCAUACGUAGAGGAGACUUCCAAUACCGUGUUCAAAGAAGGAUGAUAUAUCGGAUUAAAUAA